CACAAGUAAAACAGGUUAAAUCAGGGCAGGAGAUCAAAUGAAGUUUCACUUUUCCUCCCUCCUCUUCUCCCAGAUGUAAGUUGGGGACCUCUCUUCAUCCGUGACUAAGAAGGACUACAUCCUCAGCUGCCUCCAUCCUCUGUCUUCUCAUGCCAACAGGCAGGGAAAGCACUUCAACAAGGGGAUGGCGCUAAGAAAGAGGGUGUUACUUUCCUUCAUCGGCUGCUCCCUGCUGAUUUUUUACAUCCUGUGUGUGAAACGGGAGAAGCUUCUGACCACACAGCCCCCGCAAUACAGUCUGGAGGAGAGCAGAACUAGAUUCAGCAUCAAAGCCCCCUCAGUGGAGCUUCAGCAGCCCACACUAGCAGCCAAAACAACAGAGCCUUCCAUCAUCGGAGACUCCUACAUGAGUGAGGACACCCCACCACAAACACACUGCCCAGAUGGUAUUCGCAGUCGGAUCACCAAGACUGAAUUUGGGAAACAGUUUAUGGAAAACAUUCCAGUCCUGCAGUGGGCCAAACACGCCACUCCUGAGCAGCACCAACGACUGAGCCAGUUCUCAGGAGCCCACGGCUGGAGAGACAUCGAUUACAAGAUGCUGGUGGGAGCUCUUUCUGUCCUAAACUCUUCAGCAAACUGGCAGAUAUUUGAUGACUGGAGGGAUCGCAGCAAUAAAUCUGAGUGUAUCCGCUGUGCUGUGGUGGGGAACGGUGGGAUCCUGAAAGACUCAAAGAAAGGGGAAGAGAUCGACAGUCACCACUAUGUCUUCAGGGCCAAUGGGGUAGUCACCGAGGGUUUUGAGCAGGAUGUGGGGUCUCGGACCACCCAUUACACAUUUGCCGCCAAAACACUAAUGCUUGCAUUCAGGGACUACAAAGGUCUUGGCUAUCAAGGACCCCCUCUGUCACAGGAAACACGAUACAUUUUCAUCCCGGAUUUUGACCUUUCUUACUUGAUGGUGAAGGCUGCAGCAACACACACUCUGGUGGAGAGUGGGGAUGAGCAGGGAAAGGAUCCAACCAAAUUCUUUGGCCAGGAUGUGUCAGCAGAGAAGCUGAAGGUGUUUCAUCCUGACUUCUUACGUUACAUCCGUAACAGAUUCCUCCUUUCUAAAAAUAUGAGGGAUAAAGAUGUACGAUAUUACCGCCCAUCUACAGGAGCUGAAAUGCUGCUGGCUGCAAUGCACACCUGUGACAAGGUGAGCGCUUACGGCUUCAUAACCCCAGACCACAACAGGUACUCCAGGUACUACUUCGACAGAGAGUACCGCCCGGUGGGCUUCCCCCCCAAACACGACUUCAUGAUGGAGAUGAACCUGUGGCAGCAGCUGCAUCAGGCGGGACUCAUACAACUCUACAUGCGUGAGCAGGUGCAGGUCGACCAGAGAUGAAGACACAGUUCUGAACUCGUUUACAGGAAAUCCAAAAGAAAUCAGUCCUGUUUGCCCUUGACUGUAAAAGAUUCACUGAAAUAUGCAAAACAAAAAAGAACAUGUUUGAUUAAAGCUUGGUUAGAGCACUGCUGGCAGUGAUUAAGGAGAUUCUGACAUUUCCUCAUGGUCUGUCUCUUUGUGAAAGCACCUACCUCUAUAAUUAAGCAGGCAAACAUGCUGUGACUGACUUUAACACCACCAGUUUAAUUUUGCAUCAAAAAAAAAACACGUCACCCUGAUGUCUACAAGGACUUUCUUAACAUCAAGAAUAACAGAACUUUGUGCCAGGGAAAACUCGUCAACAGCCUCUACUUAAGUCAUUCGACAAAGCUAAAAAUACAGCAGCGACCACCCAAAGGUGUAGAGAGAAUCAGCUGUCCAGUGUUAUCAAAUUAUUUUUAUUGAAAAAACAAUUAGUCUUAAUCCCAGUUUAAUUAUCAGUUGUUCUUUUAAAUUUUGGACCAUUUAACCAAAGACAAAUGUUUUAUUUUAUUUCUUAUGCAGUAAUUAAGCUUCUCUAGUUCUGUAUGUGCGCACGUCUAUAAAUAGACCAUGGUCGCUGCUGCACCUACAGAACCCACACUUUGCUGACAGAAGAAGUGUGAAGGCCCAAAAGCACAGUGAGGCUUCUUCUGCAGGUGUUGCAUCACCAUCUUAGAAAGACAGUGAAGGACAAAACCACCAGGGACUGAUCUUUUGAACCCUCCAUUGCUGCUGACCUGGUAAACUUUUGAACUCUCAAUUUCUGUGAACUUGGUGAACCCUUGGUUUCCAAGAACUUGGUGAACUUGAUGAACUCUCAGUUUCUGCGAUCCUCAAGGGUGGGACUUUCCAUGAAGAUAUGUCAGUGGAACCAGGUAUAAAAAAGGGGCCCCUGGUUGCCAAACGGGUCUGCUGCAGACUCCGACCUGUCGGUUCGAUUGGCGUACAUGUUCUUCAGUCCUGAGACCUUCUGUGGGUGAUCAGUGAUAACUCCUAUCGGUGAACAAAUCAAUUAAGGGUUGUUAUUACUUGUAAGCAGAAAGGAAACUUAUCUGCAAAAGAGGAUAAGACUAGAAGCUAACAAGUACUACCCAAAGGCUAUUAAGAGUCAGCGAGACCAAUGCUGGUAUUUUGCUCAUCGAAGGUAGUGUCAGCCGAUUCGAGAAAACUGUUUCUAUAGUCCAGGAUGGAGAACUAAAUCUA